AUGGAAGAUGAGCCUGAACGUUUACUGAUAGCGAGCGAAACAAGCGAUCCAUACGCAACAGUGCUUAUCAACCCAAAGACGGGUGUUUCUUGUUGGUCUUAUAAAGGAAAUGAACUGCAAGGAGCUGUAACAGGAUCUGUUGAAAUGCUUGGCAGCAAUCGCUUUAUUGUAGUAACCAAAGACAAACCGUUACUACAUCUCCUUUCUAUGGGUAAUAGUAAACGUCUUCACGUCAAGAGUGUGCUUCCAAAAUCGGUGCGUCACUUAGCUGUGACGCCAGAUGGUAGCGUACUGUUCGCUGCAGUCGACAAUCAAAUAUACGUUUGGAUUAUUGCUACAGGCGAACUUGUUGCUAUAAUUAAUGGUCAUUAUCGAUCUAUAUCUAGUUUGCUUCUUAAUUCCGAUGGUUCACUUUUGGUGUCUGGAGCAGAGGAUGGCAGUUUAUAUGUGUUUAUUGUUGCUGAGUUAAUGUCAGCACAUCCAACGUUAGAACAUGCUAUCCCAUUCCGUCAGUGGCGACCACAUUCUUUAUCCGUUAGCAAUAUUGCAGUAACACGUCACAGUAACGUUCGUAUACUAUCCUGUUCUAAGGACCAUACCGCCGCAUUGCAUUCAGUCAUAGCUAAUAUCUGUUUGUUAAAGAUUUCAUGUGAUAUGGCUUUAUCAUCUUGUGCAAUUGAUCCUGCUGAAUGUCGAUUGUUUUUGGGCGCAGUCGAUGGAUCUUUGGUGCAAUUAGAUCUCUACACUUUGAACAAAACAGAAGUAUCGGUUGUAAUUGGGGAGGAAAGUGUCAGGACCUUGCCGCAGUUUAAAGGUCAUUCAGCAGAACUGGUGUGGUUAGACGUAAAUCACGACGGUUCCUUGCUGGCAUCUGGUGAUGUCUGCGGUAUUUACGUGAUUUGGGAUAUUUCGAGUCGGCAGUGUUUAAAAACAUCAUCUUUAAAAGGACCUAUCUGCAAGUUGAAGUUUAAUACACGAUGGAAAGCUGUGGAAGAAAGUGACAAAAAAAAGCAAACAUUCCCUACCUCAAAUCUCAAACGACAGAAAGAAAGAAAAUUACCUGCGCUUGUGUUUUUGCAGGAUGGGAUAUCCGCUAAAAAAGACGAAUUUUAUGUUGGAGAUCUGGAUAAGGUCAUAUUUGAUUACACUAAAGUGAAGGCCCAAGUUAAUAUGUCAACCGACGAUGAACCGCACUGUGAAUACAUUGUUGAAGAUGUGAAAUCAAUGGAAGGCGUAGAGAGUUCAUAUUCAAAAACAAUACAAUCCUUGCGAGCAAAAAUAGCAGCGUUGGAAAAGGCUAAUCAACAAAUUUAUGAUUUCGCAGCAUCAUUGAUUAUUGAUCGUAGCUGA